GACACGUGUCCUUUUCUACUUCGUUCUUUGCCUUGCAAUUUGUAUGAGAGAAAAAAGGGAUAGCAAUUUAGAGGACUGCAUCUACUUUCUCUCUGCAACCUAAAAUGGCCAUGGCUCAAAUUUCCAAUCCCCUCUGCUAUAACACUUCUAUUCGAGAUGUUUUCGUGUCAACUCCGGCAACAGUAAUCUCAACUGCUGGUUUCUCCCGUAAGUUUGGAACGGCAUUCGCCACUGGUUCUUCCAUCUUGAUUCAGAGACAUUGCCAAAGAAACCCUGCAACCAAAGCAACAUCAGUUUCCAUAAGAUGUGAGCAGAGCACUAAGGAAGGAAGCAGUUUGGAUGUAUGGCUUGGACGACUGGCAAUGGUUGGCUUUGCAACUGCUAUUAGUAUUGAAAUAGCAACAGGAAAAGGACUUCUAGAGAAUUUUGGGCUCACGGCCCCCUUGCCUACAGUGGCCUUGGCUGUUACAGCACUGGUGGGAGUUUUGACGGCGGUCUUCAUUUUCCAAUCUGCAUCUGAAAAUUGAUUCGAUUAAUUUCUUUCUGUUUAGUGCCUGUAAAACCAUGUAUUUUCAAAAAUAUUGUCAGCCAGUUGUGUUGUAAUAUUUUCUUAUAAUUGACCUAUGCCAAUAAAAGUAAUAAUUUUGGAGAAAGUAUAUUCUUGUUC